CACCUUGGAAAGGCCCAGCGCGCGGUCCCAGGUGUGGUGAAGGGAGACCUGGUCUAUUGUAGGAAGCUGGAGACUGAACACAACGUUCUUGCUCAUCCAGGCAUCCUGAGUCAGGGUUUUAACCCCUCUGACUGACUGUGGACCACACAUCAUUCACCUGUGUCCAAACUGCCCAGGGGCUCUGCUUUCACUUCCGGCACACUUUGUGACGUGCGGUCUUGAACUCAGAGAGCCCAUUCAACUAGACUUCCAGAAGGUGGAGCUGCCAUGGACGCCGUGGCUGUUGAAGAUGUGGUUGUGGACUUUUCCCCGGAAGAAUGGGCCUUGCUGGAUCGUUCUCAGAGGAAACUCUACAGACACGUGAUGAUGGAAACUUUCAGAAACCUGGCCUCAGUAGUUUCACAAAGCCUUGAUGGUGAAGAAAAGUUGUCCACUGAAAAUACAAUCGUACAAUUCCUGAAAAAUGGAACCUGGUCCUCCAUGAUAGGAGAAGUAUGUGGAUUUCAUGUCAUUGAAGAUCUGGAUCACAAGCAGAGCCCUCAUGGGAGAAGACACAUCACACAGAAUGUCUGUGAAAUGAGUAAGGAAAAUGAGUGUGGACAGACCUGCAGCUGGAUUCCAGAUCUUCACAUGCUCAAAGGACGUUCUAAUGAACUGCAUCCUUCAAUGUCUCACCACUGUGCGAAAUCCUCCUCGGACCGAUCACCAUCUCUUAAGCGUCAUAGCAGUUUUUACUCGGAAGGUGACACCUGUCAGGAUGGAAAACACGGAGAAGGCUACAGUUGCCCUCCUUACUCCAACAUUCCCAGAACUCUUAGUGGAAAGAAACGUAUGGACUAUACGGACUAUGGAAACACCUUUGGUAAACCUUCAAGAAAUCACAAUGAAGAGAGGCCUUUUGAUUGUAAGGAAUGUGGCAAAGUCUUUCCUCUUUUGGCACACUUGGCUAGGCAUAUGAAAACCCACAGCGGAGACAGGCCUUUUGAAGGUGAGCUCUGUGGGAAAUCAUUUCGUCAGUCCUCAGACCUCACUGCACAUAAAAGAAUUCAGUGUAGAGAGAGCCUUCACAGAUGCGAGGAAUGUGGCAGAGCCUUUCGUGAUUCUUCACAGCUCACCGUACAUCUUAGAACUCACAGUGGAGAGAGGCCUUAUUCCUCAUCUCUCAUUCAUCGUAGGAAAACUCCCAGUGGAGACAGGCCGUAUGUGUGUAAGGAAUGUGGCAGAACCUUUUCUUAUCCCUCAAAGCUAACUGCACACGUUAGAACUCACAGUGGAGAGCGGCCUUAUGAAUGUAAGGUGUGUGGGAAAACAUUUAUUCUUUUCUACAUGCUCCUUAGACAUAUAAGGGUUCACAGCGGAGAGAAGCCUUUUGAAUGUAACGAAUGCGGCAAAACCUUUGCUCAAUCCUCAGGCCUCAUUCGACAUCGGAGAAUUCACAGUGGAGAGAAGCCUUACCAAUGUAAGGAGUGUAACAAAGCCUUUACUAGUUACUCAGAUAUCAUUGCACAUUGUAGGAUUCACAGUGGAGAGAGACCUUAUCAAUGUAAGGAGUGUGGCAAAACCUUUACUCAUCACUCACCCCUUAUUUCACACAGGAGAAUACACAGUGGAGAGAGGCCUUUUGAAUGUAAGGAGUGUGGCAAGUCCUUUUCUCGCUCCUCAAACCUCAUUGUACAUAGAAGAAUUCACAGUGGAUUGAAGCCUUAUGAAUGUAAGGAGUGUGGCAAGGCAUUUACUCGUCAAUCAUCCCUCAUUUUACACAAGAAAAUUCACAGUGGAGAGAGGCCUUAUGAAUGUAACGAAUGUGGCAAAACCUUUACUCAAUCCUCAAGCCUCAUUCGACAUAAGAGAAUUCACAGUGGGGAGAAGCCUUAUGCGUGUAAGGAGUGUGGCAAGGACUUCAGUAACUCCUCAGCCCUGAGUAAACAUAUGAGGAUUCACAGUGGAGAGGGGUUUUAUGAGUGUAUGGAGUGUGGCAAAGGCUUUACCGACACUGCAUCCCUCACUGAACACAAGAGAGUUCACAAUGGAGAGAAGCCUUAUGAGUGUGACGAGUGUGCCAAAGCCUUUACUAAACCCUCCAGCCUCAUUCGACAUAAGACGAUUCACCGUGGAGAGAGGCCUUAUCAAUGCAAGGAGUGUGGCAAGGACUUUAAGUCCUUCUCAUCCCUAACUAAACACACGAGAAUUCACAGGGGGGCGAGGACUUAUGAAUGUAACGUGUGUGCCAGGGCCUUCACUCAGGCCUCACAUCUCAUCCAGCAUGAGAGGAUUCACAGUGGAGAGAGACCUUAUAAAUGUGAGGAGUGUGGCAAGGACUACAGGUACUCCACAUCCCUCAUUAAACACUUGAGAAUUCACAGUGGAGAGAGGCCUUAUGAGUGUAAGGAGUGUGGCAGGGACUUCAGGUACUCUACAUCCCUCACUAAACAUUUGAGAACUCACAGUGAAGAGAAGCCUUAUGAAUGUAAGCAUUGUGGCAAAGGCUUUAAGCACUAUUCCUCCUUCACCAGACAUGUGCGGCUUCACAGUGAGGGGAAGUUAUGAGUGUAAGGAGUGUGGCAAGGCCUGUACUGAUCCACCAGACCUCAUUCCACAUAGAAAAACUUAGAUGACAGAGGUCUUAUGAAUGGGUCCAAACCUGUACUCCAUGCUCAGCCCUGAACAUAGGAGAAUUCACUGUGGAGAGAAGGCUUAUGACUAGCUUGUAUGGGAAAGCAUUUGAUCAAUCAUCCCGCCUCAGUAAACAUCUAAGGAACCACAGUAAGUCGACACUUUAUGACCCUAAGAAGAACUUCAAAGACUUUAGUCAUGCCUCAACCAUCCUUGAACAGAACUCAGGAAGUAGAGCUUAUGAAUGUAAGGAGUGUGGCAAAGAUUUCAAUUACUCCCCAGCCCUCUUUCAAAGUGUCUUAGUUGACAGUGGAAAGCAGCCUGAGGAAUGUAAGCAAUCUGGCAAAGGGUUUGCUGUACCUCCCAGUUCACACAGGUUUUCUCACAGUGAGGAGUUGCUUUUCCCAUGUAAGAUGUGGGAAAGCAUUUAUUCCAUCUUCAUACUCACUAAAUACCUGAGAACUCACAGUGGAGAGAGAUCUAAUCUCUAAGGUUGUGGGAAACUCUUUGGGAGAAUUAACAAAACAUCCUCAUGUGAAGUGGUUUUAUUAGGAUGAUGACUAAACAUUUUUAAUUCUGGUCUCAAAAAUCAGCCUCAUGCAUAGAAAAAGUGUUAUUUAUAAAUCUCUCCGCCUGAGAUGGGGGGGAAAAGGGAGAGCCAAUCAUAGUGAUCGGUGUAUGAACAAGCCCCAGGGGCAUGAACAACAGAAACAUGGUGAAGAGAGCGGACAGUGUAAGACUCUCGCUGUAGAUGGAGCCUGGACUACAGUGUGCAUGCCGGGCAAGCCUCAGGUGAGCUGGCUUGUGCACCUGGACUCUUGUUGCCUGAUGUUCCCGAUGUGUGCAGAGAUCAUGCCUGGAAACCCUUGGGGGAUAUUUCAGAACAAUUAAAACUCUGCCCCCCCCCCCAAUAUAUGAAAAUAAAAACAAUUUAUCAAGGAUUUACGAGUGUGGGGGAGAGA